AUGGAUUAUUUGGGCCAAAACGGGGCCUUGGGCCUAACGACUGAACAAACCGAAAAAGUUCUUCAAUUUCAAGACCUCACAGGCAUAGAAGACAUGACCGUGUGCCGCGACGUGCUCCAACGGCACCAAUGGAACCUAGAGGUCGCUGUUCAGGAACAACUGAACAUACGCGAGGGCAGACCCUCGGUGUACGCGACGGAGACGCGGCCUCCCGCCGUGGUCAGCGACCACCUGGCCGUGCAGCACGUUUACUACGCGCCGCCGACGGAUGGCAGCGCGGGCGGCGUCGGCGGGCUCGUCAGGGCGGUGGUGGGGCUGCUGUGGAACAUGUGCUACAGCACCAUCAUGACGCUGCUGCAGAUUACCAGAAGGAUGCUGGGUCUGGAGUACCGGCCGCGCACCGACCCGGUGGAGGAGGUGAUGGACUUCAUCCGCACGUACGAGGACCGCUACACCUCGGUGCACCCGGUGUUCUACCGCGGCACGUUCUCGCAAGCGCUGAACGACGCGAAGCGCGAGCUGCGCUUCCUGCUCGUCUACCUGCACGACGACGCGUCGCGCGACACCGAGCAGUUCUGCAGGAACUCGCUCGCGCACGCCGACGUCGUCGACUACGUCAACGCGAACUUCCUGUUCUGGGCGUGCGGCGCCGACAGCGAGGAGGGCAGGCGCACGCUCAACGCCGUCAAGUCCUCGGGCGCCACCUUUCCGCUGCUCAGCGUGCUGGUGCUCAAGGAGGGGCGCAUGACCAUCGUCGGUAGGCAGGAAGGUUUCUGCGAAGCCUCGCUGACGGUCCAGCGGCUCGCCAACGUGGUGGCCGAAUUCGACGUUUGCCUGGCGCAGGCGCGCGCCGACCGCGUCGAGCAGAGCAUCAACAGGUCGCUGCGCGCGCACCAAGACGAAGCGUUCCAGGAGAGUUUGAGAGCCGACCAGGAAAAAGAGCGCAAAAGGGAAGAACUGCGCAGAAGAGAGGAGGACGAGCGCAGGCGAGCGGAAGAGGAGGAACAGGCCGAGCACCAAAGGCGCCUGAGCAUUCGUAAAGAAAAAAUCGAGUCCAUCACCAGAGUUCCUGACGAACCGGAUUCUACGAACCCGGACGCUGUUCAUGUGGUCUUCAAACUGCCGUGCGGCAGUCGCUUGGACCGCCGCUUCUUAAAGUCGCACUCCCUAGAGCACGUUUUCUACUUUGUAUUCUCCCACCCGAAGGCGCCGGAUUCGUUCGAAAUCACCACCAACUUUCCGAAAAGGGUUCUGCCUUGCAACCCGGAAGGAGCGUCUAACUUCAUGACGCUCGAAGAGGCGGGGCUGAAAAACAGGGAAGUCCUUUUCGUACACGAUCUCGACGCUUAAAAAAUAGACUUUACUAUACGAGCUGGUGCAGUCACUUCGGCUUUUUCGGUUCGUAGAUCGGCAGAUUUAACUGGCCUUCUAUAAAAAACAGGUAUAAAAUUUCCUGUAUUUAUAUAAACCAUAAAUUAGCGUUAACUCAAAAAUUGCAGUUUUUUUCGGGUAUAUCAUUCGGUUUUAUUCUUUAAAAAGUUUCUUAAAUUAAGUUCUUAGUUCUUAGAUGUUUAACAGUGAGAUAUCCUUUAAGUGGUCCAUCUAUAUGUGCAUUUCUAAAUAUUUCCACAAAAACUUUUUAUGCACAAAGGUGAGUUUGGAUUUUUGGCAACACAGCCAGAUGUUAACUAACCUUUUGCAUACAGCCACUACUUAAUAUUAGUGUUUAUUUAAAUUAGUGCCAAUCAUUACCGUUAUGUUUGUUUUAUUUAAUUAUUGAGGUACAGUUGCGGACUUAAGAAUUGCGACGGAACUGUCGUAGACAAAAGUAUUUUGUUUUUGCCUGUAUAAUUUAUGUAUGGAUGUAAAAAACAAAACACAAAAAUAUAAUAACACUUUCUUUUAAACAUAAUUAAUAUGUAGCUGUUCAUUGGAUAUGGUAGAGUUCGAUGUGAUAUCACUAACAAUUACAUGAUUGUGAUUAUUUUAUAUAUAUUUAAGCAUUUAUAUAUACUGCACGUGAAUUCGUCCUCCAAAACACAAAAUGGAAAAACACUAAGAAAAAAACUAAGGCGAAAUUCAUAUUUUUAAUAAAUAAAAUGUUUCUCUUUUUCUUAUGUAUAUAUGUAUAAAAUAAACGAUUUUUUGUUAUAUAUCGAUCGUUUAUGUUGGAAAAACCCGCCUUUUUUCCUCGAAAGACGAUUUUAAGGUUAUGAUCUUGUCGGCCAUCUUUGAUGACACAAACUUACAUCGAUGUUUUACUAUAAAUGCGUUUAUUUAC